AUGACGGCAGUGACAAAAGUGAUAAAAAGUGUCAUAAUAAAUAAUGACUAAACAAUAAUACAAAAUAGAGAAGGUAUCAAAUGCAAAUUGAAAAGGAAAAAGUUCGGGAUUUCGUUUGAUUUUGAAUAUGAACACUUUCAUGUAAUAAGUAAUAGAGUAAAAAACUAUUGAUAUUGUGCAAGUAUUGGAAAUAUCAAAACAAACAUCUAAUAAAUGAUAAACCAUCGCUAUAUGAAUACUGAAAUCUAGUUGAAGUUAUUUCAGAAUGAAUACAAUAACUGAUCAUUGAUUCAUUCGUAAACAAAGUUUGAUUUGAAGUAAGUGUUCAUGUCGGUUGUAAAACUGUAUUUAUGAAGGUAACAAUGGUUUCCAACAUAUCGUACUGCCCACCGAACAUAUCCAUUUGGGAUGUGUGGGUGAAUCAUGGAACUUCGCAGUGUUUCAUGGAUACCAUAACUUCCUCUGUGAUAGCAGGCUUCAUAUUUGUGGCUGGAACGAUCCAGCUGUGGAUGUAUAGAAAAUACGGGACGGAGGUGUCACCUUACCAUUUGUCGAAGUCGAAACUGUACUACCUGCAAAUAUUCUUGACCAUAUUCCUACCCGUGCUUGAAAUACUCAGAUUUGGCUUGCAAGGAACAAUUUAUGAAGAUAAAAAUAUAUAUGGAUAUAUGAUCCUUUCAUUGGUGCUAACAUCCAUUGCGUAUCCAUAUUCCCUAUGGAUAAUCAAAGUAGAGAGGCAUUAUUUAUUACCAUCCGUGCCCACGAGGGGCCACGGGAUAGUUUUACUCAUAUUUUGGACUCUGACAUUCCUCUCAGAAAAUCUCUCAUUUUUAAAUUUGGGACAAAUCAACUGGUGGUUCAAACUUGAAAAUACGACCGAUCAAAUUGAAAUGGCUCUUUUUGUCUUGAGAUACAUAACAUGCCUACUGAUAUUUUUAUUGGGGCUGAAAGCUCCAGGAAUCAUUCAAAAUGUCGACUAUUUCAAUUUGAAUGAUCCACAGCGAAAUGUGGGAACUCAGGAAAGAACCGAAAACCGCUCGACAUGGAGCAAUUUGUGGAAAAAAGUGAGAAUUUUAGCUCCGUUCGUCUGGCCGAAGAAGGACUUUUUUCUUCAGUUUCGAGUUAUUAUUUGCUUUUUGUUAUUAGCGGGUGGAAGAGCGGUGAAUUUGUAUGUACCCAUCUACCAAGCACUUAUUGAUUCCAAAGACGUAUGAAUUUGGCAGAUAACGAAACGAGAGCUAGAAGUGUCGAUUCUUUGCUAAAUUUUGAAACUGUCAAAUAUUAUGGUGCUGAACAAUAUGAAGUUGAAGCUUUCAGAGAGGCUGUCCUGAAAUACCAGGAAGAAGAGUUUAAGAACGCUGUUACAUUAAACCUGUUGAACAUGACUCAGAAUAUUAUCAUUUGCGGUGGGCUGUUGAUUGGGAGCUUGCUUUGCGUACAUCUUGUCGUAGAUAAGCCCAAACUCAAAGCAGAUGACUACGUACUCUUUGCUACUUACAUCGUUCAGCUUUAUGUACCGCUCAACUGGUUUGGUACUUAUUACAGAGCGAUUCAAAAAAAUUUCGUUGAUAUGGAAAACAUGUUUGAUCUAUUGAGAGAGGAACAGGAAGUUAUCGAUGCCCCAGGAGCGGGGGCUAUUUCAGUCAAAAGGGGAGCUGUGGAGUUCAAUAAUGUCACUUUCGGAUAUCUCCCGGAGAGAUUAGUUCUCAAAAAUGUUACGUUUUCUGUACCGCCAGGGAAAACUGUAGCUUUGGUGGGUCCUUCCGGAAGUGGUAAAAGUACUAUUAUUAGACUGUUAUUUAGAUUUUAUGAUGUUGAUACUGGAUCCAUUGUGAUUGAUGGACAGAAUAUUAAGACUGUUACACAAGAAUCUUUGAGAAGGGCCAUCGGAGUUGUUCCACAGGACACUGUUCUCUUCAAUAACACUAUCAAAUACAAUAUAAAGUAUGGUCGUUUAACUGCUACGGAAGCAGAUGUAAUCGAUGCUGCGAGAGGAGCCGAUAUACAUAACAAAAUAUUGACUUUCCCCGAGGGUUAUGACACUCAAGUAGGAGAGCGGGGACUCCGACUGAGUGGUGGAGAGAAACAAAGAGUCGCGAUAGCCCGAACUUUAUUGAAAGCACCGAGUAUCAUAUUACUGGAUGAGGCCACGAGUGCACUCGAUACGCAGACUGAGAGAAAUAUACAAGACUCUUUGGACACCAUGUGUUCAAAUAUUACAACUGUGAUAGUGGCUCAUAGAUUAUCGACAGUUAUCCAUGCUGAUGAAAUACUAGUUCUUCAAGAUGGUGAAAUUGUGGAAAGAGGAAGGCAUGAACAUCUCAUUGGUCAGGAAGGAAUGUAUGCAAACAUGUGGAGGCAACAGCUUGAAAAUAAAGAUAACUCAUCUAUAGAAAAUAGUUUGGAAAAAAAUACGACAGAGUGAACGAAUUCCAAAUCAUGCAAUUAAUAAACCUCCACUUUCGAAUCUACUUAGUCAUUCUGUUUAGUUGCCCUAAUGUAAGAAAUAAAGUGAACAAUCGUUACAUGACGUCUUCGGCAACAACAUUUUUGUUUUAUUUUUAUUGAUAUGCUUGAAGAUAUGAACAGAGUAUUCAAAUCAUGUAGGUAUUAUUCAUAUACUGUUAUGUAAGUUAUUUUUAUUGAAUAAAAACGAAUAUACUGUUGAAUUUUUCC